CAUGUGUUCGACGCUGUCAAGGUGGAUCGCACCCGGAGCUGGCUCUACGCCGCCUGCUCCCUCUCCUACCUGGGCGCGAUGGUGUCCAGCAACUCGGCUCUGCAGUUCGUCAACUACCCCACGCAGGUCCUUGGCAAAUCUUGUAAGCCCAUUCCAGUCAUGCUUUUAGGAGUGACUUUGCUGCGGAAGAAGUACCCACCAGCCAAAUAUCUCUGUGUCCUCCUGAUCGUGGCCGGCGUCGCCCUGUUCCUCUACAAGCCUAAGAAGGCGGCGGGGAGCGACGAGCACGUCUUUGGCUACGGAGAACUCCUCCUGCUGCUGUCGCUGACCUUGGACGGGCUGACGGGGGUGUCUCAGGACCACAUGAGAGCUCACUACCAAACGGGUUCCAACCACAUGAUGCUGAACGUUAACCUCUGGUCCACCUUGUUCCUGGGGGCUGGGAUUCUGUUCACUGGAGAGCUCUGGGAGUUCCUGAGUUUCAUGGAGCGAUAUCCCAGCGUCAUUUACAACAUCCUCCUCUUCGGCCUUACCAGUGCUCUGGGUCAGAGCUUUAUUUUCAUGACCGUGGUGUACUUCGGCCCCCUGACGUGUUCCAUCAUCACCACAACCCGCAAGUUCUUCACCAUCUUGGCGUCCGUCAUCCUCUUUGCCAACCCCAUCAGCUCCAUGCAGUGGGUGGGGACGGUCCUUGUGUUCCUGGGCCUUGGACUCGAUGCCAAAUUCGGGAAGGGAGUGAAGAAGACAUCGCACUGAGGAGAGGGGCGAUCUCUGCCCUUGGGAUGGACUUUUAAUUUAUUGUCUUGUACCUCAAAAUCAGUUCUGACCCCGGGCUCAGGACGGGAACCAGGAGGAGAUUGGCUCUGGCUUUUGUUUGGUUGAGUUUUUAAUUCAGAA